AUGGGGUCGGACUCUGAAUGUGAGGAAACAUCACGUGAAGUGGUUGAUACAGGAACAGCAGCAAAGAUAGCAAAAGAAAAUGCAACGGAAACAAAUGAAAAGCAAACCGUGGAAGGCGAAGCAUAUCCAAAUGAAGAAUGCAAACAGCCUAUCCACAGGUGUAUGAUAACUGGUUGUGAGAAGGCUUACUCUACUGAACAGGAACUGUUUCACCAUGAAGUAACUUGCUGUAAAGAAUCAAACUUUACCUGUGAUACAUGCAAGGAAAGUUUCAAGAAAAAAUCAAUGCUUCGAAUACAUAUGUAUCUUCAUCAAGAAUUAUCAAAAAGGAAAAAGUUUUCGUGCCCGUAUGACUGUUGUCCGAAAUUUUACUACGUGAAAGCAAGCCUCACUUAUCACAUUAAAUCUGUCCAUGAAGGAAAGAAAUUUGAAUGCAUCUAUCCAGACUGUGGGAAGAAGCUGUCCACCAAAGCAUCCUUUUACCACCAUAUGAUGGUGCAUGAAAGAAAAGAAUUUCUACCUCAUGAAACUGUGUACUCUGUCAUGCCAGAGGUGAUGUGUGAUACAUGCAAGAGAAAUUUCAAGACAAAGAGAGGUUUGGAGAAGCAUAUAUCUGAUCACCAAGAUAUGCCUGAAAAAAACCCAUUUAUAUACAAUAAUUAUAAGGAACAUUUAACUAGUGAAAAAGACACACAGAGGCAUAAGAGAGUAUUCAAGAAAAAGAGCAAUCUGAGGAGACACUUGUUAAUUCACAAGAAAGUGUCAGAUAGAAUGUUCUGUCCUCAUAGUAACUGUUCAAAAUCCUAUGCAAAUAAGCGGAACCUCUUGUGCCACAUGAAGUGUGCCCACAAAGAAAAUAAAUGUAAAAGCACUUACAUCGAUCAUUGCAGGAAGCUGGCUUCAAAAGUGGUUGCUGCACCUCAGGCCAGUGCAAAGGAAAGGAAACAGAUGCAGGAUACUGAAAAUCUGCCUUUAUUGUUAACUGUUGCAUCAGAAAAAUUGAAACAGAUGAAUGAAGUUGUGCAAACACAAGGGAAGGAUUUCAGGGAACAUAAUUCUGAGGAGGUUGAAUCAAGAACGGACAAACUGCAAAAGAGUUUGAAGGUGUACAGAGAUGUUGAGAUGGAGCUGGCAAGGUACAAGGUGCUGCAUGAAGAGAAAGAAGGCUAUUGUGCGACCAAAGCUGGAUAA